GCUUGUCCUUUCUAUUUUUAUCAGAAAAAGAAUUGAACAAUGGAACACGAAACUCAGCAGCAAGGAAAUCCUAGUAACCCAACUGCCGAUCAAAAUGCUGCUUUGAUCAACUCCUUCAUCGAAAUCACUUCUUCUUCCAAAGAAGAAGCCCUCUUCUUUUUGGAAUCCCACCAGUGGGACCUGGACGCCUCCGUUUCCACCUUCUUCGACAGCAAUUCUACCGCCGUACAACAACCGCGCUCAAUCGCGCCUCCCGUCUCCGGCACCGUUAACAACUCUCCGACUUCCUCACCCUCUGAUUCUGCUGAUUAUUCUCCCUCGCAAUCGCCUUCUAGGUCCCGCUCCCCUUCUCCUGCCCACCCUUCUUGCCCCCUUAUACGCUUAGGUCGCGCCGCAACGCUGAUAAGAAACCGUCUGGUAGUGACGGAAGCAACGCUCAUGGCGUUCGUACCCUCGCCGAUCUGAACCGGUCCCCUCCUGGUGGGUCCGACAGCGAUUCCGAUGAAGGCCAGGAUUAUUUCAUCGGCGGUGAAAAAAGUGGGAUGGUGGUUCGAGAUCCUUCGAAGCAUCACGAUGUGGACUCGAUUUUUAAUCAAGCGAGACAAGCAGGAGCGAUGGAAGGAUCUGAUUAU